AAGCAAUCUAAAAUAAUGGAAAAAUGUUUGAUUUGGUACAUAAUUUUCCGUCAUUUGUGUACUCUGCAUAUAAGUUCACAUUGCACCUGCUCAUGUUUAUCUCUCUCUAUAUAUUUCAUUAAUAUCCUCCUCAAGCUUGCAAGUCUCUCUCUCUCUAGCGACAUGGAUAGUCCAACGAGCAUACGCGGUAAACCUCCUCCGGAGACUCUCUCCCCGUGCGGUAGCCAAAGACGGAGGAGCAGCUGCGACUCCAACUCACCGGAAUUCGAGUUCUGGCGUCUAACAAACUCUUCAUUCCUUCAAACCGAGUCAGAUCUUCUCUCCGCCGACGAGCUUUUCCACGACGGCGUUCUUCUCCCUCUUCACCUCCUCUCCAUCAAAUCCGAGCCUCAACCCGACCCGAAUGUCUCGGAGUGCGAACCGGAUCCAUCUCCUUCGACCGAUGCUUUGAUCACAGAGCAGAAAACCGAACCGGAACCGGAGUUAGGAUCCGAGUUGACCCGUGAACCGACGGUUUCGAAGCGGUGGAGAGAUAUAUUCAAGAAGACCGAACAUAAACCUGUCGGGAAGAAAGAGAAGGUGAAAGAUAACAAGAAGAAAGAGAAGAAGUCCGGUUCGGGUCAAGGUUCAGGUUCGGGCUCAGGAGCGGAGCUGAAUAUCAACAUUUGGCCGUUUUCAAGAAGCAGAUCCGCUGGUAACAACGUGACCCGACCCAGAAUGUCGUUUGGAGCUCCGACGACCCGGAAAGUCAGCAGCGCGCCGUGUUCCCGUAGCAACUCCACCGGUGAGUCAAAGUCAAGGAAAUGGCCGAGCAGUCCCGGUCGUAACGGCGUGCAUCUUGGUCGGAACAGUCCGGUUUGGCAAGUCCGACGUGGAAGUGGAGCUCCGACAGGGAAAACGAUAUCCGAGUCGGUGGGUCGGGUUUCGGGUAAAAGGGAAGUUCCCGAGGCGCGUAGGGGUAAAACUGGAAUCGAGAGCAAUAAAGCAAAAGUCAUAAACUUGAACGUGCCUAUGUGCAUCGGUUAUCGGAGCCGGUUAAGCUGCAGAAACGACCAGAGUGGAAGUAAUAACAUUGGGAGUGAUGAUAAUAUCGCCAAUGUUAAUAAUCCCAAUCCUAAUGGUUUAUUUGGCUUUCGUAAUCUUUUCGUUAAGAAGGUUCAUUGACUUUUGUAUUAUAGUAAAAGCCCUAUUAAUAGUCUCAAAGGGUCUAUUUUUAUUUUUUAAUUUGCUACUUUUGCUGUUAGUACGAUGUGUGGAUUUGGGCAAAUAUUCGUGUUUGCUUAUUAUCAUGUAAAUUAAGAAGAUAAAGCUUUCUAAUAUAAAAUGUUAAUCUAAGUGUGUAACUAA